AUGGCUUUCAAUGCGAAAAAUCUAAGCUAUGACCGAAGCGAACCCGCAUUCUUGCGCAAACUUCGAGAUCAAUACGGCGGAGCUGAUAAUGUACGCCAUGAACGACCCGUACCACGUCCGCGCAAGCCAAAAGACAACGACGAUGACGAUGCGCCUGUCUACGUAGAUGAGGAGACAAAUGAAACUAUAUCAAAAGAGGACUACGAACAACUAGUGAACGGCACUGAAGGCAAAGACGAGAGCACCGACCAGGACGAGAAAGGAUUAGAGGAAUCGACAGAUGCUGCAGAUUCCAAAGCUACAGAACAGGCCGCUGGCGACGAGACAAAAACUCAACAGAAUCUAGCCGAGAUCGGUACCCAGAAGAAACGAAGAAAAGCCAAAGUCAUCCAAGAGGACGACGUUGCGGAGGACGGGUCGCGGAGCAAGGACAGUUCAGCGACGUCAAAAUCCAGUGCCAAACCGAAUGCGAAAAGGAAGAAGAUCAAAUUGUCCUUUGACGAGCCAGAAUGA